CCUCCCUCCGCGCUGAGGGGGUGGAGGACCGUGAGGGGAUGGAUGCUGGUGCGGCCAUAAGCGGCCCGCUCUCGGGUGGGUCUGGGUACGACUGCACCUCCAAACCGCCUUCCGCCCGGCAGGUUUUUCCUCAUCAGCCCGAGCUUUGCCUCACGGGUCCUUCCAAGCGCUUCCCGGGGGCAGCAGUAGAUGAGAUCCUGAGAGAUGUGGUGGAGAGUUACUUGAGGGAGCAGCGCUACGAGCCGGCGCAGUGCAGGGAGGUGGCGAAGGACAUCGCUGAGAUGGUUAAAGCGCGGGUGAAAGACCUUGUGAUCCCACGGUACAAGAUUGUGGUGGUGACACACAUUGGGCAGCUGGAUGAGCAGAGCAUGCAGAUUGGGAGCAGGUGCCUGUGGGAUCCUGUGAGCGACACGUUUUCAUCAUAUGUGUUCAAGAACACUUCCCUGUUUGCUGUUGCAAAUGUCUAUGGUGUGUAUUUUGAGUAGGGAGGUAGUCGAGCUUAACAGCAGAAGAAAUGGAAGUUCAGCCUAACUCUUCCUGUUUCUGUUGUUGAAAACAUUUGUGAAGGACCAAAGUACUCUCACCUGUUUUGAAAUGUGGCUACUGUGAGCCUUUGGGUAAAUGUAAUUAACUGUUUCCCAGAGCUUUCUCUGGGAAGUGGUUCUCUCUGACACACUGUUUUGUACCUAAUUCUUGCUACUUUCAGAACUUUCCCUGCAGGGAAAAUAAUAUUUUAAGAAGAUUCCCUAUAAUGUUUUUAUCUCCCUGAAUUUGCCUUCAUUCCAUGAUCCCCGAGCAGAAACCACAGAGGGUUUUUUGGAGAGUAAAACAAGAACAUUUUAAAACAAUCUCUGUUAAUGAUGUUUGCAGGCAUUUAGUGCAUGCCAGGCCUGAGCACAGGAAAGGUGGCUGAGAGAAGGUAGCUAGUUCUGCUUGAAUCAUAGAAUCCCAGACUGCUUUGGGUUGGAAGGGAUCUUAAAGCUCAUCCAGUUCCACACCCUGCCAUGGGCAGGGACACCUUCCACUAGACCAGGUUACCCCAAGUCUCGUCCAACUUGGCCUUGGACACUUCCAGGGAGGGAUAGCCACAGCUUCUGUGGGCAGCCUGUGCCAGGGCCUCACCACACUCACGAGAAAGAAUUUCUUCCCAAUUUCCCAUCUAACCCUGCCAUCUUUCAGUUUGCUAUCAUUCCCCCUUGUCCUGCCACUCCAUGGCCUUGUCAGUCCCUCUCCAUCUAGGAAGAAGAAGACCAGUGAAAUGAAGUGAAAAUUGUCUUUAAAUGAUACUAUGUUUAGAGUAUAUAAAUCUGACAUAUGUGGGCCCUUCUAGUGAAAGUGCUUGAAUCGAGAAUACUGAAUUUCAGCUGUGGUUCUCAGCCAAUACCUGCCCUUAGAUAAGAGAUGCAAUACAGCCCUCAGCUCAGAAGUGUGUUUUCAGUCUCCCUGGGUGCAAAUUAACUCUCUGUUAAAUUGGACUUAAGGGAAAUGUUAUUGAAAGCAGCUGGAUUAGAAGAUAAACUGUGGGUUUAUGCCCAUCCAGUUUAGAGGCUGGGGCUGAUGGUCCCAGGUCUCUCCUGGUGCAGCCGUUCCCCACUGGUUGGGGUCUGGCUGACCUUGCAGUGUGACAGAGCUUCCUGUGCCUUGCUCCGAUUCUGAAACCAGACUUUUUGCUUCUCCUGUUUCCCAGCUGAAACCUGCUGUUGGAUUUUCCUGAGUAAGAGAACAAACCUAUCAUAAAUUGCUUAUUUUAUUACAUUUUACAUGCAAAGCUGAAACUAAAAAAGUAGUUGGUUAGAAAGAAAUAUUCGUACUCAUGAAUGAGUUUAACUAAACCUCUUGUAAACCCUGUGAAAUCCAGUCAACCUGAACUGUCACUGCAGCCACUUGCUGGUGUGCACUAUGACAUUUAACACUCAAAAGGGCAAAGCUACAAUUAAAGAACACAACUGAA